CCUGCAUUCUACCCACCACCCACCACCCCCUCUCUUUCUGCUACUAGCAACAAUCCAAUGGCUCUUCUUUUCUACCAUCUCCCUUUCCUUCCCUUUCUCUUCCUCUUCCUUCACUUCAUCGCUUCCCUUUCCUCUCCAACUCAAAACCUGAACGACACCCUUUCCUUCUCUUUUCCUCUUACUUCUCUCCGUAUCUCUCCUGAUGUUAAAGUUCAGACCCUGUCUUCUUCUUUAGUUGCAGGGGCCAGCAAGCAUGGUACAAGGCGUUUGGCAAGGCCAAACUCGGGUUCUUAUAAUUAUAAAACCACGUUCAAGUAUUCAAUGGCGUUGAUCGUGGCUUUGCCGAUUGGUACUCCGCCGCAGACUCAGCAGAUGGUGUUGGACACUGGGAGUCAACUGUCGUGGAUUCAGUGUCAUAAGAAGCUUGCUAAAAAGCCGCCUCCUACGGCGUCGUUUGAUCCUUCUCUUUCUUCUUCUUUCUCUGUUUUGCCAUGUAACCAUCCUCUUUGCAAGCCACGGAUUCCCGAUUUUACCCUCCCUACUUCCUGCGACCAGAACCGUUUGUGUCACUAUUCGUACUUUUACGCCGACGGAACACUUGCCGAGGGUAACUUGGUGAGAGAAAAGAUCACUUUUUCACGUUCCCAAAGCACCCCUCCUUUGAUCCUUGGUUGCGCCACGGAUUCCAGUGAAGACAAGGGUAUUUUGGGGAUGAACCUUGGGCGGUUCUCUUUCGCUUCCCAGUCCAAAAUCUCCAAGUUUUCCUACUGCGUGCCGACUCACCGGACGAAACCUGGGGUUUCGCCGACAGGAUCGUUUUAUCUGGGUCAAAACCCGAAUUCCCACGGGUUUCAGUAUAUUAACCUUUUGGCUUUCCCUCAAAGCCGGACCAUGCCUAAUAUGGAUCCUUUGGCUUAUACUCUCCCCAUGCUAGGGAUAAAGAUGGGAGCCAAAAAACUGGCAAUUCCCAUGCACGUUUUCCGACCCGACGCAGGCGGAUCGGGUCAAACCAUGAUUGAUUCGGGUUCCGAGUUCACUUACUUGGUGGAUGAGGCCUAUAACAAGGUGAGGGACGAAGUGGUACGACUGGUAGGUCCAAGGCUUAAAAAAGGUUACGUGUAUGGUGGAGUAGCCGACAUGUGUUUCGAUGGCAACCCAGUCCAGAUCGGACGGUUGAUCGGCGAUAUGGUAUUGGAGUUCGAAAAAGGGGUGGAAAUCAGAGUCCCCAAGGACAGAGUGUUAGCCGACGUCGGAGGUGGGGUCCACUGCUUAGGGAUCGGACGCUCAAACAUGCUUGGAAUCGCAAGCAAUAUAAUCGGCAACUUCCAUCAACAAAAUCUAUGGGUGGAAUUUGAUCUGGCCAAUAGGAGAGUGGGAUUCGGUAAAGCCGAUUGUAGCAGAGCAGCAGUAUAAAGAGGCCAUUACGUUUUGCGGUGAUGGAUCCCGAUACACAUGAGAUGAUCGUGAAAGAAAUAUCUUUAUCCGACGGUCUACAAUGAAAUGGAAGGUGUCAUGUGAAGAACAUGGGUUUUGUUUUUAAGCAUAUUAUCACAACAGCUGUUUCAAACUUUUUAUAGCUUUUGAGCAUGCAUGUACUUCCCUUCUAGUUGCAGUUGCAGUGUUGUCUGAUACUGAUAGUGGAAGUUGGAUUGGGGACCAUGAGUGAAGACAAAGUCAGUGAGACUUAAGCUUAGACUAAAGAUUUGUAUAUAUGAGGUUGUAAAAUUAUAUAUAUAUAUUAUCAAUAAUCAUAAUCAUAAUAAUAAAUCACUCACUGUUUAUUUA